AUGUAUAAGGCAAAGCGCGUUUGUGUGAUUGGUGCAGGACCCAGUGGAAUGUCCGCUUUAUAUCAAUUCAAGCAGUUGGAAAUGAAGGGACAGGAAAUUCCAGAGAUUGUGUGCUUUGAAAAGCAGUCUGAUUGGGGUGGUCUCUGGAACUAUUCAUGGCGAACAGGUAGGAGAUUAUUUUGCUGUACUUACAUAAAUGUCGACAAUUCUUCCGACCCCUCUCGUGUUUAUAUCAGGCUAAGCAAAUACAGGGGAAAAGUUUUAUAUUGCUUUAAUAAAUUAACUUUCCCGCGAAAAAAACGCUUGGUUAUGGCACUGAUUAAAAGAGAAAUUGUCACCAGUCGGGAAGACUUGUACACGAAGUCUUGCACGGGUAAUCUUGUUUUGCAAAAACAGGCUUUCCAAUCAGAGCGUGCGUACUAUAUAUCUUAAUUAUUAGAGACUUUAAGAUCCAACGACGCGACGGCAACAAGAACGUCGCUUAAAAAGUGAAUUUGCGUUCUUUCAGUCUUUAUAGUGAUUAUUCCUACCCACUUACUUUGCAAAUUGUAGGCGAGCCCUCCUGAAGCUGAAUUUCAAGGGACCAGUCAAGCUCAGAAAGAGAAAAAAAAUUUCGUGGUUGCUUGUUUAACGUCCUCUAGAAAACGCGAAAUUAGGCAUUCUCACGUCGUAGUCGUGCAAAAAUGGGAAAGAAAUGUUCAAAAAAGUGUGAUGCACAUGCGAAGUUGUUGUUUUGCUAAUUAAACCUUUUGCUUUUUUUUUUUGACGUUCUCGUUGUCGUCCGCGUCGUUGGAUCUUAAAGUCCCUAAUAUUUUUAUAAAGUUUAUUAUUAUCACCGUAAACGACUAAGUAAGUACAGGGAACGCGGAGAAAAUGGGGCUGGGGAGUGUGGUCCACCAUUUUACUUUCGUUCACCAGGCCUCCGUUCUUCAAAAGGUGGAUAGCGCUACCCACCACUAUCCAACGGACAAGUGUUAGGGAAACCAAUUGCGCUAUGCAGUGGAUAGUGAUUUUCUCGAUGGAUUGCGUUAGCCAUCUUUUGAACAACUGGGGCCAGAUAAAUCUCUAUCCAGUGGAUAGUGCAAUUAGUUUUCCCAAUACUUAUCCGCUGGAUAGCGCUAUCCAACGUUUGAGCAACCGGGGCCAGAUUCAAUGCUCACAGAAAUAACCUCAUAUACGCCGAAAUAAAUCUAACAAAAAGCAUGAUCUCUGUUGAAUUAAAAUUGCGAAGUCUUUAAUUUGCUUGUUUUGAUCCAAAGUUGUUUUUAGGGUGUAUUCUUAGAACUGUGGCGGAGGAUGAGGGAAUAAAAAUGUGGUGUUGAGUGAGGUCUUCAGAAUUAUGAUAGCGGUAGAUAGAAAACAGUAGAAAUGUAGGGGUGGUGAUGGUGGUGGUGGAGGGAAAACCAAUUUAAUGUAAUAAUGAUAGAUGGAAAACAAUAAAAUGUGGGGUUGUAUUAAUGCCGGUGGAGAGGAGAUAAAUGAAAUGUAGUGGAGAAGAGAAAUUAUUAAGUGGUUAUUGGGUGAACAAGAAUGAUUUACCGGUAAGUAAGUAACACCAGGUAAGGGGCGGAUCUAGUGGGAGGGUGCAGGGGGUGCCCCCUCCCCCCCUCUUGAGAUGAACUGCGGCUUCCUAUUAUAAACAAUCAAUUGAUGAGGUUUUGUGAUAUUCGGAAUAAUCAAGGUCGAGGUAAGUGUUAUCAGCCGAGCCGAAGGUCUAGGCUGAUAACACUUACCUAGACUUUGAUUAUUCCGGGAAUCAGAAAAACUGAAUCUAAUAACUGUUUUAAUUAUGUGUGAAAGGUUUGAACACAGGAGUCAUUUCAAAAGUAGGUUGUGUUUGAUCGUCCAGGUGAACGUAGUCCUAAAUAGGACUGUUGUUGUUGACAGUGACUGACGUUUCGACAACCUGUGCGGUAGUCAUCUUCAGAGUCAAAGUGAGUUGUAUCACGUCAGUUGAUGGUCUUAUACUCUGGUUGUUGAUCUGAUUGGUCAAUUACGUCGCAGUGUUAUUGGUCGUCUGUCAGUUAAGCCGUGAUGUUAUUGGCCAUGAAGACUCGUAAUCAGUAAUUGGUGCGUUUCGAUCCGUCUAUUGUCACAGUUAAACAGUCGUCUAUUGUUCUCAGCAGUUCCCACUGUAUGUUAUUUCCUGGUCAAAAGCCUUCUUCUUCGUAUUCGCUUUUAAAAUUUGUUUACGUCAGCAGUCAGUUGUGCCAUUCCUAAGUGGUGCACCCACUACUAAGAGAAGUCCUGGAUCCGCCCAUGUAGAUUCAAUGCAAAUCUAUUAUGUUUGUUUGUUGAAUGUGGUGGUAGUGGUAUCUGUGAAUCGCAGGCAAGAGAAAUAUGGUGAUGGUGCACUCUUCAUGAAGUAAUUGAAUCGAUAGAUGACCUGAGCACGUAGAACGUUGAACAAAAGAUGUAUCUGCUUUGUUCACAGAUACCGAUGAAUACGGGGAACAUGUACAUGGAAGUAUGUACCAGGGCCUGUGGACAAAUGCUCCUAAGGAAUGUUAUGAACUUCCAGACUAUACCUUUGAUGAUCAUUUUGGGAAACCUAUUCCAUCGUUUACACCAAGAGAGGUCUUUCGUAAUUAUCUGACAGUUAAGUAUUUUUAAAUAUUUUUUGAAGUAUUUGUUUUGAAUUAAAUUUAUUGUUUGGCUAAAGCCUUUUAGAAAAAGACCCAAGUAUCUACUCCUAUUAAACCCCUGCCAAGGCUGUAAAUAAAUCGAAAAAAAAAAAGAAGUAUACAAGAUAAAGUUAGUCUCCUUUUGGGAACCAAUACAACGUUGAUAAGGAGCCAAAAUACCAAUACUGUUAGUUUUAAAAAUAGAAGAAGUUUGCAAUGCAACAAAACGCUGAUAGAAACAGAAAAACAAUCCCGUUAUGGGUUACAAGGAGACGGAAGGGAGGAAGAUAAAAACUGUAUGUCUGACAAAACCCAGAUGGUGGGGAAACUCCCUCAUGGGAGGGAAUGCGAGUUUUCUGUAACCUCUAUUUGGUAUGUGUAUCACAGAAAUUCAAAAAUAAGAACUAAUUAAACUCACUUAAGAUUCUUUUCAACCAGGGGUUCACAUUUCUUAGCUUUGAGAUUUAGAGUUUAACAAACGUUUUCUUUCACAGGCCGAUGGUCAAAAAGCAAACUUCGCCCUUGGGUUCACUUCAGUCAUGUUGUACGUCAAGUAACCUACAACGAUUCUACCGACGACUUCACUGUAGUCGCCAAAAAUCUUUCAGAAGACAAGGUCCUUCCGGCUGAGCGAUUUGACUACGUCAUUGUAGCAAUUGGGCACUUCUCUGUAGCCAACAUACCUUCCUUUCCUGGAAUUGACCAAUUUCCUGGUCGAGUUCUUCAUUCACAUAGCUUCAGAAAUGCCUCUCACUUCAAAGGAAAAAGAGUUCUUGCCAUUGGUUCCAGCUACUCAGCAGAAGACAUCGCUGUCCAGUGUCUUAAGUACGGCGCUGAAAAUAUCAUCUGCUGUUGGCGAACUCGACCGAUGGGUUUCAAAUGGCCCCCACAGAUAACAGAAAAGCCACUACUAUCCAAGAUAGAAGGAAGCAUAGUCCAUUUUAAAGAUGGCACCAGGGCGGAGGUUGAUGACAUCAUACUUUGCACAGGCUACCACUACUCUUUUCCUUUUUUGGAAGAGCGCUUGCGUCUCAAGACGACCAAUGUCUUGUACCCAGAGGGCCUCUACAAAUCGAUUCUCUGGACCCGGGGCGGAAAUGACAAAGUUCUGUACAUCGGUAUGUUGGACCAAGCAUACACAUUCACCAUGUUUGAUGCACAAGCAAAGUGGGCGGUCAAGUACAUCAUGGGGGAACUAAAACUUCCUGAUAAAGAAGAAAUGGAAAGCGACAGCAGAAACUGGAUAACAAAGUAAUUAUUUUUCUUGUUGUUGUUGUUGUUUUAUCUUCAGGAAAAAUACGGUGGCCCACAGGCCGGGGGCAAAACACGACUCAAUAUUAUGUCGAAAACACAACAAACUUCCCGAUACAACACAAUAUUUCCCGAUACAAAACCAAAUUUUUUCCGUUACAAAACAAUUUUGCUUGAAACAAGACAAAGUUUCGUGACUCACAACGAUGUUUUGAGACACAAAACAGUUUCGCGCUAAUAAUAAUAAUAACAAUAAUAACUGACACUUGUACAGAUUGUGCUUCACAGAAGCUCUAAAAACAAUAAAAACAAUUCUAAAUGCAAGUAAAAAUUAAGAACCUAGCGAUGAAUGCGCUUCACAGAAGUUCUAAAAAUAGUAAAAAUAAUCCUAAAUAUAAGUAUAUACAAGUUAAAACAAGAACCUAGUCACGAAAAAACUUGGGAAAAUAAAAAUGUUUUCAGUUUCAUUUUAAAAGUUGAUGGAUUCAUGUUGGACCGUGUGUCACGUGGUAGGCUCUUCCACAACUUUGGGGCGGCGAACUUAAAAACGCGGGCUGCGAACAUAAAAACGCGGGCCGCGAGCAUAAAAACGCGAUCCACAAGGGUCUUUGAUGACUUCAUUGGUGGAAAGCGGAGUAAGGUUCCAUCACGAGAACUUCGAAGACUGUAACGUGAAGGUUUCGCAACACAAACAAGAGACGAAAGACUAUAAGAAAGAGCCACAUUAUUUUAAAUCUUAAAAAGUAAUUAAAAUCAUCUUAAAAUCAAUGCGUUGCCUCACGGUUAGCCGGUGGAAAUCCUGUAAUAUUGGCGUAACGUGACAGAAAUGAAGGCACUCAAUAAACCAAGCGAGUGCAUGCGUUUUGAAUUCGCUGGAGCUUUAACAUCAGACUGUUAGGCAAAACAUAGAAAAAACUGUUGCAGUAAUCAAGCCAGCUAGUAAUGAACGCGCAAAUAAGGGUCUCAGUGCUUUCUUUAGAUACGAAUUUUAUGUUGAGGCGAAUAUUGUAGAGAUAGAAAAAUGCUGCUCCACACGUCUUAUUAAUGUGAGUAGACAUUGUAAGGUUUGAAUCAAGCCACAUACCAAGGUCUCUGGCUUCGCCAGCAGAUGAAACAUCCACAGAUCCAACGGUAAUUGAGUUAACAGAAACUUUAGCUAGUGACGAAGAAUUCAGUUUAUUCAUCGUUACGCUAAAGCUUAUCAUGAUGCAUCCAAGACCUAAUGUCGCUGAUGCAGUGUUCCAUUGCAGCAAGGACAGAAGUAUGAUCGUCAAUACUGUUGGCAUAAAAUGAAACAUACAGCUGAGUGUCAUCAGCGUGCGCAUGCACGGAUGGAGGAUGCGAUCGAAUAACAUCAAAUAUCUUGCUUGCGUAGAUCGAAAACAGUAGAGGGCUAAGAUAGGACCCUUGAGGAACUCUCGAAGUCAAAUCAAAGACAUCAGACAUCACGCAACAAUGUUUCAUGAUGCAAAACAAAAUGUCACGAUACGCAACCGUCAACUCGCACUAAACAAAAUUUAGGGAGACUAGAAGCAAUGUCAGACAAUGAUAUCGACGAGCACUCUGGAAUCGAAGUUUUCUCAAUUUGGAAUAACAAUGGCUUCAUCUUCAGGUAUACCAACUGGGGAUGAAAGGAAACUUAUUACAUACUAUUUUACGAGAGGAUACGAAUAUGAAGUGCAUUUUUAGCCACGUUUCAUCAAAUAACCUUUAGUAUCAGCACACUUAAGAACAGAUUGCGACAGUAUCAGCCACAAAGAAGGACACCUUCAUAUGAUUUGCUCUUGGUGCGUGACACAAUUUUAAGGGAGCUGAGUGAUCAGUUCAGGUUGCAGUGGCGCAGGAGCAUAUGGCAUACUCUGCGCUUGUAGACUAUUCAAGUACCAAUGCACAACAAAAUUAAAAAGUGCAUGCAAAGGUACAUCAAACCUAAAUGAAACGCGACUACGCAAAGUAAAAUGCGUUAGAACUUUUGUGGGCGGGGGGAGGUGGGGGGGGUAUUUAACUAGCUCGUUGAGGUACCCAUUUGACAGCAACAUAGAGGGGUGGUUGAAAGACCCACACCCCUAUAAUACCCGGGGAAUACCAGAGCAGAAGACCAGGUCUGCCUCCUACCUUAAGCAAGUCCCUACUAAGAGGAGCAAUUUUAAAAUUCGUACGUCAAAACGUCAGUUUUGUUCCCUGCCCCCGGGGAAAUACCGUACUUCAAAAAUCGCAAAUGUACCCAAAUUAAUUUCAAGAAUUUUUGCCUCGAAUUGAACUUUUACAAAUUAAUAGUGAAAUCAACAACACUGUCCAUUUCUCAAACAGCCAAAAUUGUAAAGAUGCGCAAUAUUCUACCUUGAAUUACUAAAUUGGCGUUCAAGAUGGUGGCAAGGGCGAAUCGUCGUCUAAGCACCGUAAAUGGUCUUCGCUCGCUGAUACUUGCAUCUUAGUAAUACUGUCGUAAACCCCGCAUAUCGUGGCCAAAAUGACGGUCUAAAUCCUCUGAAAUCUUCCGCUUCUGCCCCGCAUUCCCUGGGUAUGGAGUUGACCAGUGCAAGGAGUUUUAUAAAUAUUACGUUAAAAGUCGCGGCUGAAAUCGAGUUGUAAGAAUAAUUUGAAGGAAAUUACGUUCUUUCUUCAUGUACGGGUAGAGAGGAAAGGCCUUGGCCAAGCUGUGUGUCAUCAAUAUUUCUCAAGUUUCUUUGCCAUGAAAGUCACUGGGUUAGGAACAUUUGACCUGCUACAGCACUAUUAAUAACCAAUACUUUUGGGCCACGAGUUGGGAUUUUUAACAACUUUAAUAGCGGUAGGAGGCCCAGUAUAUUAAUAUAUUAUAAUUUAGUUUGGCUUUGCCUUAGUGCAAAGAUGCACUUCUCGGCACCUUUAAUAUCAUUAUUUAUUAUUAAUAUUUAAUAAAUUCAAUCUCGUUCAUUAGUUUAUAGCAACUUUUUAGGCAAUCGGUGAUGCUAGAUCUUCUUGUUCCAAGAUGUUUUGUAAAAAAGUUAAAGGAAGUUUAAUAAGUAAAGCACUCAUUUUGAUGUACUUUUCACCACCAGGAUGGGAGAACUGAAAGACGUACAUGACGCAAUCGACUUCCAGACUGCUUAUGUGGCUGAUCUUGUCAAAGAAUCCAAUUACAGCUACGAUUUAGAUGUAUCAAAAAUGCUUCACGCUUGGUGCAAGAGCAAACUUGACAACAUUACAACUUACAGAGACCAAAGUUUUACAAGCAAGUUUACCGGUCACAAGGCCUCGCCAUCGCACACUCCAUUUAUGGAAGAGUUUGAUGAUUCCAUGGAACAGUUUCUGCUUAAUUAA